AUCAUCGUGGACCAUCCUAGUCGAUAUAUGAGAUCGCAACGUGACUUUUUGCGAGUACGUAAUGGAAUGCCGUUCAGCUGUUCGGUUGCCACGCCUCAACUUAUUCCGAUUCAUCGUAUCUCCCCUCCCUAUCCACAAUGCGAUAUUCUGUAUAAUUCGCACUGCGCCGCCCUCGAGACUUUCCCGACUCGCCGUCGUGCUUGGAUACGGUGCGACCACGCGACGCUUUCAGUAGCUACCGUAGCCGAUUAAAUCGUGGCGAAACGUGCCACGUAUCGAGUGAUAUUGAGUUCAACAAUGCGGUUCGAAGUCGAAUACAUUUGAAAUCGAAGUAACCUGUUUCCCCGUCGUGCACGCGUAUUAGGGUGUAUCCGUGCGUCCCAUCGCCGCGUCUUGCCAUACAUUUUUGUUCGCAGCUGCGUCGAUCUAGAAAUAGCGGUCUAGAAUUGACCGCGACCUUCAGUAGAGACAUAGAGCUUGUUUACGGAUUUACGCAUCUGACAUGUCGAGCGAGAGCGUGAAAACGUUUGCGAGCCUGGAGACACCUGGGUACGUGGGCUUCGCAAAUUUGCCGAAUCAAGUACAUCGGAAAUCUGUGAAGAAGGGCUUUGAGUUCACACUUAUGGUUGUAGGAGAGUCUGGCCUUGGAAAGUCCACCUUGGUAAACAGUUUGUUCCUCACGGAUUUGUACCCCGAACGAAUAAUUCCUGAUGCAGUCGAGAAAACAAAUCAAACCGUCAAACUUGAUGCUUCAACGGUUGAGAUUGAAGAAAGGGGCGUGAAACUUAGAUUAACAGUCGUCGAUACACCUGGUUAUGGAGAUGCAAUUGAUAAUACGGAUAGUUUCCGAGCUAUUAUUCAAUACAUAGACGAUCAGUUUGAGAGAUUUCUUCGUGACGAAAGUGGUCUAAACAGGAGGAAUAUCGUAGAUAAUAGAAUACAUUGUUGUUUCUAUUUCAUUUCUCCAUUUGGCCAUGGGUUAAAGCCAUUGGAUAUCGAGUUUAUGAAACAACUUCAUAACAAAGUUAAUAUAGUACCUGUAAUAGCGAAAGCUGAUGUACUUACUAAAAAAGAAGUUUUGCGCCUGAAAAAAAGAGUUAUGGAGGAAAUUGAAGGCAAUGGAAUCAAAAUAUAUCCUUUACCGGACUGUGAUAGUGACGAGGAUGAGGAUUACAAGGAACAAGUACGUCAGUUGAAAGAAGCUGUCCCGUUUGCAGUGUGUGGUGCAAAUACCUUGCUUGAAGUCAAAGGAAAGAGAGUACGUGGUCGACUGUAUCCAUGGGGUGUUGUCGAAGUGGAGAAUCCGGAUCAUUGCGAUUUUAUCAAGUUGAGGACAAUGCUGAUCACGCAUAUGCAAGAUUUACAGGAGGUAACGCAAGAAGUACAUUACGAGAAUUACCGUAGCGAAAGAUUGGCAAAGGGAGCUCCAGUGCCGCCCCGACGUCAAACAACUAUCACGGAACCUGACAAGAACAGCACCGUGUCGGAGAAGGAUCGCAUUUUGCAAGAGAAGGAAGCAGAAAUACGACACAUGCAAGAAUUGCUGGCUGUGAUGCAAGCGCAGAUGCAACAACAGCAACCUUGAUCGAAUAUGCGUUUGUGUACUGACGUAUGAAAUGAAGGAAAAGACUCCUCAUUGUUACGCGAGUGCCAAAAUAAUUUAUAAAACUUUUUUUAUUAAUGACUUACACGAUUAGGGGUCUUGAUUUCAACCGUAAUAUUUUUCUAAACUCGUUUUUUAUUAGGGAAAUCUCAUUUUGAUACGCACCACGCGUUUUAUAGGCAUAUAAGAGUAUAACGAUACUAAUGUUUCUACGUAGUAUUAACUUUUGAUUGUCGAUGUGAAGACUCUCGAUGGCUCUGUUACGACAUCCAAUGCCUCAUCCAGAACGAGUAGACUAAUAAAAUCGGUCUGAAAUCACGAUACAGUAUGAAACAAAUGUUUGCAUAUCCAAGGUUUACAGGUAAGGCACUUAAGUAAUUUGUUUCUUUUUUAACAAAACUUAUUCGAAUCGUUCUAUUUCGAAGAUUUUACUGUGCGAAUACUUGCUGGGAAUCUUAUUUGGAUUCAUUUUUGUUUUAUGACAAAGAAAUGUAUUUGUCUUUGAUUCGAUAGUUUCUCAUGUGAUGUCUUAAUUAUUGACAAAUUAUCGAAUGUUUUAUUCGUAUCGUGCAUUUUGCAUAGACAUAAUAAGAAUAUAAGAUAAGGUUUUAUUGCAUAAGUAAAACAAGACCAACGAAACAAAAUUGCAAAAGCAGAUAUCUGAUGUAAGCUAACUUUAAUAACUAAAAAUAGUAUGCGCUCAGCUGUCCAUGCAGCAUCCUUUAUCAAAAGAAAAUAUUAGAUAUCUUAUAUACAUGACGUAAAAUAUAGGAAUUUUAUCUCAGAUAAUCAUUCAAUAGAAAAAAAUUAUGAAAAAAAGUGCCUUGCAAUUUUUAUCUAUCUCACUAUCACAGUAGGAUAUCAACAUGUUAGAGAUGCAAACUUUUUCGUAUACAAUUAUGCAAACAAUUUGUUGUGUAAACACUUCAUUUACUUUAAAAGAAUCGCUUCCACAACUGGGCAAUAUAUUCAUAAUAAGUUAUAGAUAAAACUAUAAUAUUGCUGAUUGAAUAAAAAAUCUCAUUGAAUUCAUGUAGGACAAAUAUAUAAAAAAUUUUAAAAGGCUGAUGCAAUCCUCGAGUAAAAACAUCGGAACUGAUCGCGCCAGAUUAUCUAAAGGCAAUUGCGUAUAAUUAUUAAUGUUAAGCAACUUAGAAGCAAAGAGUGAAUGUGCCAAACCAUUUUUUAAAAGAGAGACUAAUAUCAAUCCAAAGUUAAUUUUAAAUUUAUAACAGUAUAUAUAUAUAUUUUUUUUACAGUUGGCCAUUCUCUCCUAACUUCUUUGUUCUUCGUCACGCAUAUAGUUCACAAAACAUGUAAACGAUAAAUGUAUUCCUAAAUAUUCCUAUAUAUUAUAUUCGUCAUACAUGAUAAAAACAUAAUGUUUAAGAUAAAUGUGACUACAGAUUUAGGAAUUUUCUACGUGUAUCACAUACGAACAUCUCUUUGUGCGAAUUGUUUCAUGCAAUACAACGAAACAUAAAAAUGUGAUUACAUAUAAUUACAUAUAAGAAAGAGAAUUUCGUAUUCGACAACAUGAAAUUGGAUAAAUAUUAGAUCGUAAAUUAAUUAAAAAAGGCAAUAUAU